UUGAAAGUCCCCAUACCAUACCAAUUAGGAAAGGACGAGAGAGAGAGAGAGAUAUGGAUCAUUCGUCUGCUUCACCCUCAAACAAGAGACCAGCUGUGGACGCACCGCUCCAUGCCAUCGGCUUCGAGCUCGAGGAGCUGUCACCGGAGAAGGUCACCGGCCGUCUAAAAGUGACUCCGAGUUGUUGUCAGCCAUUCAAGGUCUUACACGGUGGAGUGUCGGCUCUAAUAGCCGAGUCACUGGCCAGCAUCGGAGCACACAUGGCGUCCGGCCUCCAAAGAGUCGCAGGGAUACAUCUGAGCAUCAAUCAUGUCAAGCGAGCCGAGCUGGGCGACGUUGUAGCUGCAGAGGCCAGACCAAUUAGCCUUGGCAAAACCAUUCAGGUUUGGGAGGUUCAACUCUGGAAGAUUGAUCCUUCUAACUCUGGGAGCAAAGCUUUGAUAUCCUCAUCAAGGGUUACACUCCUAUCCAACAUGCCUGUGCCUGAACACGCAAAGGAUGCUGGUGAACCCCUCAAGAAGUAUGCAAGAUUAUGAAUUUUAUUCUAUGUACUUUUUCCACUGUGUACUCUCCAGUACUACAUUUACAAUCAAGUCGAUACUUGGGAUAAACAGCACACUUCUACAGACUGAUAAUGGAAUUUCACAAUGAAAUAAGUGCAUCGCUUAAUCGCACAAA